UUGCCCCUUUGCGUUUGGAUGGGUUCCUAUUGAAUAAAUUGCAGCCACCCGGAGGGUUAGGGUUGUUCUUGAAUCUUGAGGCAACUGGCAAAGGCUCUUGUAGGGAAUUGGGAGCUAAAUCAAUGGCGUCUAGGGUUUUAGCGACCAGCAAAGGCAAGGGCGGCAAGGGCGCAAAGGCCUCUUCCGAGGACCAAUCCGCCGCUAAACGCUUCAAGGAAUGGAGCUCGUGGGCUUUGAAGAAAGCAAAAGUCAUCACUCACUACGGCUUCAUCCCUAUGGUCAUCAUCAUCGGUAUGAACUCCGAGCCAAAACCACAUCUUUACCAGCUUUUGAGCCCCGUUUAAGCACGAUCCCGCCGUGUCCAGAUCCUUAUUUUGGUGCCUCAUGUGAAAUCUUCUUCAUGGGGGUAUUUCGUAUUUGUUGAAUCUACUAGUUAUCAGCUAGUGUUUCUUGUUAGAAUUUUCGCUUAAGCUUACAUGGUUGGAUCAGUUUAUAGCUUAUUUGAAUCUUUUCAACGAUAUGUUUUGUAUUUGAGUUUUCAAAGGUCUUUUGCAGUUCCAAUGACGUGAAAUUCUCCCA